UGGUGAUUUAAUCUUCAUGUAACGUUCAGCACUCACGGCCUUGUUCUGUGCAUCCGAUGUCGUGAGGUUGUACAGGACCGCAAACGCGUUGCCGGCCUGCGGGUAGAUGCUUGUCGGGACGUCGUUCUCGCGGAACAGGCCCUCAGCGGCGUCCCACAGCAGGCUGUUGAGCGCGGUUUGCAUUUUGGUUGCGUUGGCGAGGUAUGUGGCGGCGAGGGAGACGUUGCCGAGAUGCGUCGCCAGGUCCGUCGCGGUGACGAGCGUCUGCGACCCUCAUGAGUGCAGAUACACAAUGAGAGAGCGCGCGACAGAUGCUCACUGUUUCCGGCGCCUCCUGCCCUGCCCCAGUCAUUCGAGAAUGAAGACGGGACGGUCAUCAGGCCCGUCGAGUCCACCUGACCUUCAAGGAAGCCGACCGCCUUGGUGUAGUUUGGCCAGACAGACUUGACGAAAUCGAGGUCGCCCAUAUACAUAAAGUAGUUGUGCGUCCCGAUGAGCGACGACGAGAUGUACUUAUCGCUGCCCUGAUUGUUCAGCAGCGGCCCAGAGUACUGCAGCGCGCCGGUGGUUGGCUUCUGCGUGCGGAACAUCACCGUCAGCGAGUUCUUGGUCGGCUCCGUGUCGCUCAGCGCGACGAGCUCCGUGUGCGUGGAGAUACCGCAGUCGCCUGAUCCGUCGCGUGAUUCCGAGGCUUAGAUCGCGGCCCUG